AUGAACAACUUGGGAAGAUUUCGGUUGAUUGUUCCGGCGGCAAAUGCAAAACCCUCGCCGUCAAUUGGGCAAACGCUUGGCCCUCUGGGCAUCAACAUGAUGGCGUUUUGCAAGGAGUUCAACGCAAGGACUUCUAAAAUACGGCCCGGGGUCCCUGUGCAGGUGACCAUCGUGCCGAACCCGGAUCGGGCAGCUGCUGCAGGCCUUUUUCGCGUUGCUACAUCUCAUCUGACCAGUAUCUUACUGAAGACGUUUAAGUUUAGCCUCCGCACCCCGAGCAGUACCUGGUUUCUUCUGAGGGUGGCGAGAUGCCCUAUGGGCAGUGAACACGCGGGGAAAGACAUAGUGGGCAAUGUGACUCUAAAGGAGAUAUACCAUAUAGCGAAAUGCAAAAGCAUGGACUGGCCUCUCAUUGGGCUGUCUCUACAGAGCAUAUGCCGUUCUCUGAUUGGUUCCGCCAGAGCAAUGGGCAUUCAGAGCAUAUGCCGUUCUCUGAUUGGUUCCGCCAGAGCAAUGGGCAUUCAGGUUACCCCGCAGCUGUUGCCUGCCUUUAGCAAGCGCGAUUAUACCCCAGUAGAAGAUCUGGAACAAAUGCGGAAAGAUUUGAGACAAAGGAGAAAGGCAGCGAGGAGAGCAAGUGCCAAGGCUUAG